AUGUCUCAAGAUAAUACUGAAGUAGAGAAGGAAAAGUAUUUUGAAAGUAAUGCUGGAGAUGGGUCCCAUGCAACUGACCAACAUCUUCAUGGUAUACAAUUAUUCAUCACAUUAGUUAGUUUAUUAUUAGCAUUAUUCGCCUCGGCUUUAGAUCAAACUAUCGUAUCAGCAAUUCUUACAGAGAUAGCUACUGAUUUCAAUUCUUUUGAUAAAGUUGGAUGGCUUACAACGGCUUAUAUGUUACCUAUGGCAUGUUUAACCCCAUCAUAUGGGAAAAUAUCAAUAGCUCUUGGUAGAAAGUAUACAAUGUUAGCAGGUUUAGGAUUCUUCAUUGUGGGGUCAUUAAUAGCAGCUUUAGCUAAGAAUAUGGAUAUGUUCAUUGGUGGAAGAAUCAUUCAAGGUAUUGGAGGGGGUGCCAUUUCAUCAAUGAACGUUGUUAUUAUAAGUGAAAUCACUCCAAUAUCCAUCAGAGCAUUGGCAAUGGCAUUAAUCGGAGUUGUUUUCAGUAUUGCGUCGGCUGCUGGACCUUUUAUUUCCGGUUCUUUGGCUACUAAAGUUACUUGGAGGUGGUGUUUCUGGAUCAAUUUACCUAUAGCUGGGGUGGGAUUCGUUGCUCUUUUGGUGGUGUUUAGACCCCCUAGACCUCAAGGGAAUAUUAGAGAAAAAUUACAAAAAAUCGAUUACACAGGUACAUUUUUGAUUAGUUCAGGUUUGGUUUUGGUUUUAUUGGCUUUGACCUUUGGUGGUAAUGAAUUCUCUUGGAAUUCGGCAGCUGUCAUCUCAUGUUUUGUUUUAGGUGGGAUUUUAUUGAUUUUAUUCACUUGCUAUAAUUUUGGCAUUUCCAAACAUCCUUUGAUUUUGAAAGAAAUUAUCGUUGUUCCACAAAUAGUUAUUGCAUGUGUAGCAGGAUUUUUAUCCUUUGGUCAAUUCAUGAUCAAUAAUGUUUAUAUUGCUAUUUACUUCCAAGUUAUUCAUAAUGAUUCAGCAUGGCAAUCGGGUCUCAAUUUAUUACCAUUCAUUGUAACAGUUUCACUUGCAGCCGUAUUCAAUGGGGUAUUCAUCAAAUUCACAAGGACUGUUAAGAUAACUUUCAUGCUUUGUGCUAUAACAGCCUUAGUGGGUAGUGGAUUAUUACUUCUUUUCGGUUUAGAAUUAUCCAGAGGUACUCAUUAUGGAGUGUUAAUAGUUAAUGGUAUAUCAGCAGGAUUAUCAUUCCAAUGUAGUUUAUUAUCAGCACAAUUAAGAGCUCCAAAUACUGUCACUGGAUCUUUAAUUGUUACUACAGCUUUCAAUUAUUUUGCCAAAUCCAUUGGUGGUGUGUUAGCAGUUUCAAUAUCUCAAGUUAUUCUUCAAGUAUCUUUCACUGCAUACAUUAAAGAUCUUAUAGCUUCAUUGGAUGUUAAUUCUAGAGAUUACACAAUCUUAACAUCCAUACCAACCAAAGCCCUCGUUUCCAAUCCAAGUGUCAUAAAUAAAUUUCCUGAUUCCUUGAAGAAACUGACGUUAACAGCAUUUUUACAUGCAUUGAAGAACAUUUUCUAUUUCUCCAUUGCAAUUUCAGCACUUUUAGUCAUUACCACAGCUUUCACCACCAAUAAAAGAAUACCCAAAGAUGAAGAUGUUUUAAAAUCCAAGGAUGUUGAAGAGAAAGAGAAGGAAACCCCCGAAUCAGAAGAAACUCGUGAAUCCGAGGAAACUCCUGAAUCAGAGAAGAGUCCCGAAUCAGAGAAAAGUCCCGAGUUGGAGGAAACUUCCACAACUUCUGAUAAAUAA